CGGUUCGCCGAUGUUCCUUAAGCAGCGUUUCGGCACGGGCUACCACUUGCUCAUCAACAAGACGUCGCCAAGGUGCGACGUGACCGCCAUUGGGGAUCUGCUGCGAAAAUAUGCUCCCAAGGUGAAGCUUCAGAGCAACUCGGACAAAGAAGCCGUCUUCAUCUUGGGACAGAUUGUCGCCACGCACCUCAUAAUCACCAUGUUCAAGGACUUGGAGCAGCGCAGCGCUGACCUCGGCAUCGAAUCUCUGGGCGUAACAGUGACCUCGCUCGAAGACGUGCUCAUCCGCGUUGGCGAAGAACACCAGCGCACGGCCACAGCCAGGAAGGACGAGGAUUCUUUGAUCGAAGUCCAGGGGCCCGUGUUGAAGGUGAUGGCCACCACAGUGUCCUCGGAGCCCAGCCUCGCGAUUCGCAUGUGGGCCGUGCUGGCCAAGCGUGCCUUGUGUGUCUGGCGUCAGAAGAAGCAGCCGCUGUUCAGCUGGCUGCUGCCACCGCUGCUUCUGACGCUGCUUUUCUCCCUCGAGCAUGUAGCCUUGAUCGGCAGCGACUGGGACGUCGAACACUUGGGCGACACGCUCUUCUACACCUUUCCAGGGGUGCUGCGAAGGGGACAGGGCCAGUAA